CUUGGAAACUUUAAUAAUGAUAAUUAUGUUCAUUUUUUAAUAAAUUAUGAAAAUUUAUAAAAAUAACAAUAAAAAUGUGAAAACGAGUGUGGGAACAGCACAUUCAAACAAGUUUUCAAUUUUACCGCGGCGUAAAGUUGAAGUCGGGAAUCGUAUCGAAUCCCAAGUCGUAACAUUCGAUAAGAAAUAAUCGAUAAUGAAUGAUCUCGUAGCACUUUUCACGAGUCAGGUUCCUAUCUGUGAACUACGUUUUGUGCUUGAUUUGUCAAUAAUCGAGGAUAAAGUUAAAUGCCGGAUUAAUUCGUUCGGCAUAAUUCAAGCAAGUUCGGAAAGGAAAAGAGAAAUCCUGAAGCAAUGUGGCGUGUCCUAAAGUUGGCUCUCCGGGCCGAGGUCUUCUUUGUUCAAAUGAGAGUAUUAAUACCGAAGGUUGAAUCGGUUUAACCGCGGAGUACUUCCUUCGAGUACUUCUUAGUACUUCUCCCUGGAAUUAGACGUCUUCGUCAGGGUUCGAGUGUUUCACCGGCGAAUGGAUCAUCCGGAUCGUCGACGACUAUCUCAGUCUGCACUACGAAGAUGCAGUCACUUACUUCUACACCAUCCUCGCAAUCCUAUCAACAACAUUCGUCUCCGUCGUCGUCACCAUCGCCGUCGCCGUCACCGAUACAGCAACAGCAUCAACAGACUCUACAACAACCUAACAAUAUAGAAGCAAUUGAUAAGAAUUCCUCUAAUACAUUAAAACGUAAUCCAAAAAUGGAAUUAAACAAAACUGAUUUAUUAAAACUAUUAGGACAUCUUGAAGGAGAAUUACAGGCAAGAGAUAUUGUAAUAGCAGUAUUAAAGUCAGAGAAACUGAAACAUCUACUAACUACUCGAUAUUUGAGUGGAACGUCAGAUCCACAUGCUGCGCUUGCACGUGAUGUUGUAUUGGUAGGAGGAGUUAGCGAGCAUGAACCAAAUCAAAUAAAUAAACAAGUUGCUACUCUAGAGGCGCUUGUAACACAACAAAGAUGUAUGCAGUUUAAAAUGGCCAAAGUUCUUAAAGAGGCGGAACUUAGGCAUAGAGCAGUUAUCAAGGAAUUAGAAGAAGAGAAACGAAAACAUGAACAUGAUACUGCCCAAGGUGAUGAUAUUACAUAUGGACUGGAAAAGGAAAGAACAAGAUUGAAAAAAGAAUUAGAAUUAGAGAAACAAGAAAAAAAAAGACUGGAAUUAGAAUUAAAAAAAUCAAAUGAAACUUUAGAGGAAGAAAAAACUCGACAGAAGCAAAUAGUACUUCUUCUGCUUGCUGAACGCAAAAAAAUAAUUAUGAAGUACAUAGAAGAAAGAAAAAGAUCAGAAGAUUUAGCACAGAUAUUAAGCGAAGAAAAAGUUCGGAUAGAUUCUAUGGCUGAAGGGCUUGAAGAAGAAAGUAAAAAAUCGUUACAAAUGGAAGCAGAGCUAGAGAAACAACUUGCACAAUUUGACAUGGAAAGGCAACAAUAUAAACAAGCCUUAGCGAAAGAAGAAAAGAGAGCUAAAGAUCUCGAAUUAGAAUUAGAUAAACUUAGGAGUGAAAUAGAUGUAUGGAAAGAGUCUCAAACACGGGGUUCUCCAAGAGGAGUAGGUGCAACUCCUCCACCUCCUCCAGCCAAACCAGUUAAUUUAGUUGCUAUGCCUACAGUUAAGCCUGCUAAUGCACCACAAACAACUACUGGAAUUGCUAGGUCAGUAACUCCUGGGCAGGCAUUACGUGGGGUCUCAUACACAUCCAAUAUUACAUCUUCUAGCGGUGAAACUGCAGCGUCUGCUGAAAAUCAGGGGUGCUUCAAAGGGAUAACCCGAACGUUAAAUCGGAUCUCCUGUGUAUUCAUUCCUCAGGCUGUAGACAAACGUGUGGUUGUGCCUGCUCCUGUAAAUCCUGGAGGCACGGUAAAACUUAUACCAUCAACGCAAGCCGCAGGAAAGGUUGGUUUUCAUGUUGGAUCUGGUUCGGCGAUUCAAGCAUCUGGUAUGCUGUCCUCGAAAAAGCCACCAGUAUCUCGCGGUGUUCCUCCUCCAGUGCCACCAAAUAAGCCGGUAGUACCACCUAAAAAGGAGGCUGCUUAUAUUAGAAGGACUGAGUCUCAAGCAACGCAGGACGCCGUAAAACUUGGUAAACAAGCUGCGGCUCAUCCUAUUAGUGGAUCUACCGCUCCGCAAGUUCAACAGGCAAUAGGAGCUUUUACUCAAGCCUCCGACGAAGAGGUUAGUAAUAAAGCUCCUCUGCCUUACUCGUCCAAUUAA